AUGUCGGAUCCCUUGAGUGUCGCCGCUUCAAUCGCAGGACUCAUCUCAAUCACGGUAGAGGCCGUCAAGUUCCUCAGCCCAUAUGUCUCAGCGGCCAAAGAGACCCCGCAGGUCGCGGCGCACGUCUACUCUGAAGUUCAGAGCACCCAGAUUAUACUGAUGGGUCUUCAAAGCCUCACGAAAAACCUUAGCUCUGUCAACGUUCAGCAUGCCGCCCUGAUUGGGGUGAACCAGGUAGUGGCGGUCCUCACGGAUGGGGUUCUCCUUUACUCGGAGCUGCAUAAGGAACUUCAGUCGUUGUGGGCUAAAGACGGCAUGGAAAAGGUGCCGCUGAGAGGACGCUUGCAGUGGGUGUGGAAGGAGAGUACGUUUGUCACACUCUUGAAUAGACUGCAGACUUUCAAGAGCUCAAUGACACUCGUCUUGAUGAUUUUACAAAGUAACUCUGGUCAAGCAGCAAAAGAACACCAGGAACAGCUCUCCAAUAACGUCAAAACUCUUCUGGACAAUAAUGACGCUCUGUCACGUCGGCUGAUGAAUGUUGAGGACGCUUUGGAUGCUCAGACGAUUAUAUCCAGGCGCAUGAGCAUCCUCUCGAUGAGCGCCUCCCCAUCUCGAAAUACAAGCCAGCAAUCAACUGCAGAGUCAUCAGCUACGUCAACCAGCACUGGCGCCAGCCUUGCUAUAUCCAAAUUUGACUUUGAAGAUGAUCUUGAGUCAUCACGCGUAUAUCGCCGGGCAGUCAGAGAAACCAUGGACUUUUCAUUCCGAAGCUCAAUUGCUAGAUCACACAACUGGUCCGUCUUUUCAGGCUUGAGUCUCGGUGAUAUUUCUAUCAUGUCUGUCGUUGCAUUACCUGUAUAUCAGGAAGAUAUUACCAAUGCUGAGCACUAUGAUUUCGGCGAGGAAGCUUCUGUCGCUCCUGAAACACCCAAGUCAAUGACGGACCAGCCUUUGCUGAUGCAAUGCCUUGAACUGAGGCGCAGGCUUCUCGCAAUACCGAGGAUGCAGAAGUAUUUUGGCAGGACUUUGCUCCCUUUCCACGACUUCUCCGAUAUCUUGCGAGGCUUCAAGAAGGCCGUGCCACUGGUGAUACUUGCUCAGGCUCUGGAUCCGACGCUUAGCCUAGAUAUUGAUCUAGAUGAGGAGCUUACAGAAAACUCUCAAAAAGAGCUAGUAUUAUGGUUCGCUCAAUUCUGCCAUGAUAAUCUCAAGAUCAAGACAAGUGACUUGAUCACAGUAGAAGAUCUAAUGGGAGAAAGUUCUUAUGGGGUCCUCAGAACAAUAUCGCUCUUAUCGAGCAUUACCAAAAGUCUCCCUAACACUGGUUUCUUAACAAACGAAUUGUCUAUAGCGAAAGCCCAAAUCGACUCCCAGUCAACGGAGCUUCGAAUCCUGAUCGCUGAGCAACGCCAGCUCGUCCGAGUCCUUUGCGAGCUCCUUGAGAUGAGAGACGAACUAGAGACGUAUAUGAGCUCGAUGUUUCAGAACUUCAGACAAAUCGCAGAUCAUCAAAUUAGGGUCCUGAUAGUGAUGGAAAGGAACCUGUUACGUCCAUUACCAGAACACAGAUGGGAUUUAGCAUUCGCACUUCUCUACAGUAGGGAGACUGAAGCUAUGUCACAUAUAAUUUAUUCAACCACCGCGACUAGCAUUCAGCUCUGGCUGAGAGAGGGCCAUUUCAGAGAUAAGCUUAAGAUCAGUACCAUGCUUGCAAGAGCUUUGGAGAUAAUUCCCACAAGAGCCGGGCGCGUGUCCGCCUUUUUUAAGUUCGCGGAGUACCUCAAACGACAGCAAGUCAUGUCAGGGGUGGAGGAACGUGAUAGGAACAGGGCCCUCUCGUUCAUAUCAAAAUUUAUAGCUCAGCUCCAAGAGGACGAUUCUUUCAAGGACACUAAGCCACUUAUCGAAGUCCUCAAGCAAAAGGUGCAAGACUGGAAGGGCAUUGAUCCAGAUGAUCUCGGCGAGUUGAUACUCUCCAAGACGAUUUAUGUAAUCAAAGGUUCUCAGACCAAAUUGUACCAAGGCUACCUCUUCCAGCACAUGCUUCUCCUUUGCAAGAGCCGUGGGGAACCUUCGGGGGCCUCGUUGUUUUACAGGACCAAGUCCUUAUCUGAGCAGAAACAGACAAAGCUUUUACUGAAGGGAAGAUUCCACCUGCGGCACAUUCUUUCAGUCACACCGAUUUCCCAUCCUGAUACACAUAUAUGCGAGGUUCAAUGGGGAACUGAUAAUAGCGACAAGUCGAGUUUCUCAAUUAUGUUUGCACUUGAGCCUGAGAUGCGAGAAUGGGCAUCAAAGAUCGAUGAGUAUAGGAUGAUGGCAAUACUGAUGGCGAAUCCCAAAUAUGUCCCAGAAGAACUGCAUUUAACAAUAGAAGGGGCCGUUGGUGAAACUGUGCCUGGAGAUUUGCCUGGACGAAUGGAACCACAGAAGCGAUAUGGAAUAAUAAAAUAG